CAUACAAGAACUGAUACAGCGUCCUAAGUUUUUUUUUUCCUGGGGCGGAGAUAAGGCACCAUCACGUGCCGAUAAAGACCCCCCAGGCGCAGGCGCCGCUACGGCAAUGCCUUGAAACGCCAUGCAUCCUGAGCGCUUCCGUAGCCUGCGACUCGACAACCUCGACCACUACCGUCCGACGAAUGCACCAACAUCACUGAUCUGAAGUCUUUGAGCUUCCGGCCUGGUGACGGCCAGGCAGAUUCACCAAUUUCUUCACCAUGAGCGGACGCAUGCUUACCACGGGGGUGCGGCCGAUGACGCGACGCGCGCCAGCUAACAUCGCCCGAUACUUGCAUCGAUUCCCGACAGGCGGGUUGCUGAGAGCCGACGCUGCUGUGAGAGCGACUCAAAGACGGAUAUGGUUUCAAGGAAAUGCGUUUCACCAUGCAGUCACUGUGCGCAAUGCCUCCUUCAGCCGGAUCUUGCCGAAGCUUGUUGUCAAACUCGUGCGGCUACCAGCCCUUUUCGCUGCAAGCACGAUAGCUGCGUUUACUUGGGUGCAGUAUCAAGCAAAUCAGGCCGGAACCUAUGCCGUCAACGUAUUCAACACCACCAAAGACAUGGUCACCGAUACUCUGGGUACUCUCUUUGGCGGUGCUCGCGACGUAGCCGAGCAGACUUAUCAAGGCUGGGAGGCCACAAAAGAAGCAGUGGAACCGCCAGAAUGGCUCAAAAAGAUACUGCGAAUCCAUGAGGAUAUUGGCACUGGUGGCGACGGUGGUCCAAAUGGCGACAAGGAUCCGAAGCAGAGCAAAGUCGGUGCCAGUGUUGCAGCAGGCGCCACCGCGGCCGCCUAUGGAUACGAGAAGUCGGGCGAGGACGACCCACGAGAAGGACAAGAGGUGGCGCGUGAUGACCAGAUGAUGGUUUUGACGAAGAAGAUGAUCGAAAUUCGGAGCAUUCUGCAACAGGUUGGGCAGUCAGAAUCGUUGACGUUGCCUGCCAUCGUUGUGAUAGGCUCUCAAUCCUCGGGAAAGAGUUCGGUGCUCGAGGCGAUUGUUGGGCAUGAGUUCUUACCAAAGGGCUCGAACAUGGUCACGCGGAGACCCAUCGAACUGACGCUCGUCAAUACCCCAGAAUCGAAGGACGAAUACGGCGAAUUCCCCGACUUGGGACUCAGGCGAAUAACAGAUUUCACAUCCAUACAAAGGACGCUCACCGAGCUCAACAUGGCAGUGCCAGACACUGAAGCCAUCUCGGACGACCCCAUCCACUUAACAGUAUACUCGCCAAAUGUACCGGAUCUCUCCUUGAUCGAUCUCCCUGGAUACAUACAGGUUGUGGGCCACAAUCAGCCGUUGGAGCUAAAGCAGAAGAUCACCGACUUGUGUGAUAAGUACAUCCAGCCACCCAACGUCAUUCUGGCUAUCUCGGCUGCCGAUGUCGAUCUAGCGAACUCGACCGCGCUCCGUGCUUCGCGUCGGGUUGACCCAAGAGGCGAACGCACAAUUGGUGUCAUCACGAAAAUGGAUCUCGUCGAUCCACGCAGAGGAGCCUCGAUCCUGAACGAUAAGCAAUACCCGUUGAGGUUAGGAUAUGUGGGCGUCGUGUCAAAGGCGCCCCAGUCGCAAGGUCUCUUCAAGAUGGGCUCGAUGGACUUGCUGUCGACCAUUGUCAAGCAGGAAAAUGCUUUUUUCUCCUCUCACCCUCUCGAGUUCGGAGCAGAUGCUGGUGUUGAUGUCGGUACAAUGACACUGCGCAAAAAGCUUAUGCACACGUUGGAGCAAACAAUGUCUGCCAGUCUUGCAUCCACCAGUGACGCUAUUAAGCAAGAGCUAGAGGAGGCUACGUACGAGUUCAAGGUCCAGUACAACGACAGGCCGCUAUCUGCGGAAUCAUACCUGGCCGAAAGUUUAGACGCCUUCAAGCACAGUUUCAAGCAGUUUUCGGAAGCUUUUGGCCGUCCGCAAAUGCAAGAAUUGCUCAAGGAGGAACUGGACCAGAAAGUGCUCGACCUGCUAGCACUUCGAUAUUGGAAUAAGCCUAUCGACGGACUCGCUCCCGGGAGACCUGACUUAGACAGCAUUGCCGACCUGCCCAGGGCUAGCCCAGACUCGCUGUACUGGCGUCGACAACUAGACGCAUCAACGUCGGCUUUGACUAAAUUAGGCGUGGGGCGAUUGGCCACGAGCGUUGUUGCAUCCGCGAUUCAGGCGCAGAUCGAGCGGCUGGUCGCAAAGUCAAGCUUCUCUUCCCAUCCUUUCGCACGCGAGGCGAUACUGGAUGCUACGUCGACAAUUCUGAACGAGAGGUAUUACAGUACCAGCGACCAGGUCGAAAAUUGCAUCAAGCCCUACAAAUUUGAUAUCGACAUGGACGACCGGGAGUGGGCCCAUGGCCGUGAGCAUGUCCAAACGGUGCUGAAAAAAGAAUUGAAGGACUGCGAAAGUGCUAUGAGUAACCUCGAAGCCUCUGCGGGUGGACGGAAAAAGCUCAAGGAGGUCAUGGCCUUUGUUGACAAGGCCCGCAAAGGGGACAUCGUUGUCGAAGGCGACGGUCGUAGCGGAGCUGGAGGUUUCAGUGCUGCGCUCCUCACAAGAGGACGUGAGGCAGUCUUUCACAGGGACAGAGCCGACAUCCUCAAGAUGCGACUCAUGGCUGUCAAAUCCAAGCAGUGCGCUAGCUUGAAGAACAAAUACUACUGCCCAGAAGUGUUUCUGGAUGCCGCGGCAUCCAAGCUCGCCGCGACAGCGGUUCUGUUCCUCAACGUCGAGCUUCUGUCCGAAUUCUACUACAACUUCCCUCGCGAGCUCGACUUGCGCCUGGGGCGACACAUGUCUGAUAAUGAGAUCGAGAGAUUCGCAAAGGAAGACCCCAAGAUCAGGCAGCACCUCGAAGUCAUCCGCCGAAAAGAAUUGCUUGAGCUAGUCCUGGACAAGAUGGAGAGCUUGAAACAACUUGAAAGCAGGGAGCGGGAACGCAGAGGUUUGGUUUCCAAGCCUACAGGUCAGAAAGAAAGGGGACGCUGGGGCUUGUUUUGAAUUAAUCGUGCAUAGCCAGCACAUGUAUGAGACAUGAAGGGCUCUGGAGUUUUCCUGGGUACUGAUUUAGGGGGUUAAGUAAGAAUGUUCCAUCUUUACUUAGACAUUGCUUAUUUGUAAAUGCUUCGAUACCCUACUCAGGUUCAACAAAAUAAGAA